AGGCUACUGAGCCCUCCCCGUCAACUUGCGUCCGUCCUCUCGUGGUCCAACGGGAGGCGGACACUGGCCAUCUGAAGCCGAAGUUUUCAUUUUCCCCGUGGAGUGGACUUCAUCCAUCUCAGGAAAGCACUUUUUUUAUUGGACGCUGCAACUUUUUGUGGAUUUAUAUUGCGAGAUCUAGAGAGAGAGAUUUAGAUACAUGCAAUGUGUGUGUUGUACUCAAUAGAGAGCUAAAAGUGAUUUAUUGUAUUUUUAGUUGCUGUUCUUGAAGAUAUUCGGUUAUAUUUUGAAUGUAUAGUAGUUGCAUGACAUUUGAAAGUUUGGCUGCUUGAUUUUAAAGUUGUCCAUCUUGUUUAUAUCAAUUUAAUUUGGUAUUUAAUUCUGUAGAGGUAACAUUAGAGGCAGACAUCACAUGGGCAAUGGAGUCUGCAGUAAACUUUAUUAGUUAGUGAUCAGGCCCCAAAGAGCCAAAUAAUAGAGCCGUCAAGCUGCUUUGUUCAGUCUAAAGGUGCAAGGUGUAAAAAUGACCAGCCCCUGCAGGAGUAUAGACGAGCAGAGAGGCAUCAGUGAGAGCCCGGUUCACAAGCCGGAGACACCCAGACAUCGCAGCUGGAGCAACUUCCGUUUCUCAAGAUGGAGAAGUGGUUCCCAGAGGACGACACCCCCUGGUACCCCCUCCCCGAAGGUAGAAAAGAAGAGCGAUGUGACCAAGACACUCUUUUCCCUGGUAAAGACUCACAAUGAUGACUACACGGCUGACCCCGAUGGUCUGCUGGACACAGGGGAGGGUGAAGGAGGCAGCGAUGACCCCCCGCCGGACCAGUCCACCUACUUCCAGAGGCAGUUUGGCUCCAUGCUGCAGCCGGGGGUCAACAAGUUCUCCCUGCGCAUGUUUGGGAGUCAUAAGGGUGUUGCUGCUGAACAGGCCAGGGUCAAGAGCUUUGGAGUGUGGAUCAUCCACCCCUACAGUGACUUCAGGUUUUACUGGGACAUCGUGAUGCUCCUGUUGAUGAUGAGUAACCUGGUUAUUUUACCCUGGGGUAUCACCUUCUUCGAGGACCAGAACACCACACCCUGGAUCACCUUUAACGUCCUGUCUGACACUCUCUUCCUCAUGGACCUGGUUUUCAACUUCCGCACAGGCAUCCUGGGAGAAGACAGCCACAUCAUCCUGGACCCCAAGGAGAUCCGCAUGCAUUACCUCCGCACCUGGUUCACGGUGGACUUCAUCUCCUCCAUCCCUGUUGACUAUAUUUUCCUCAUCGUUGACCUGGAGUCCCGGCAUGAGUCGUCUGACGUGUACCGCACCGCCCGCGCGCUCCGUAUAGUCCGCUUCACCAAGAUCCUCAGCCUGCUUCGUCUUCUCCGACUGUCCCGCCUCAUCCGCUACAUUCACCAAUGGGAGGAGAUUUUCCAUAUGACCUAUGACCUGGCCAGUGCAGUGGUGCGUAUAGUCAACUUGAUUGGCAUGAUGCUGCUGCUGUGUCACUGGGAUGGCUGCAUGACCUUUAUGGUGCCUAUGCUGCAGGACUUUCCUCCAGACUGCUGGGUAUCCAAAAAUAAUAUGGUGAAUGCCACAUGGCACAUACAGUACUCAUACGCCCUGUUUAUGGCCAUGAGUCACAUGUUGUGUAUAGGAUAUGGUGCCCACCCCCCUGAGGGGAUGAGCGACGUCUGGCUCACCAUGGUCAGCAUGGUUGUGGGGGCCACCUGCUAUGCCAUGUUCCUUGGCCACGCAACUAACCUGGUGCAGUCCUUGGAUGCGUCACACCGCCAAUAUCAAGAGAAGUAUAAGCAAGUGGAGCAGUACAUGUCCUUCCAUAAACUGCCAGCGGAUGUAAGACAGAGGAUCCAUGAUUAUUACGAGCAGCGAUUCCAAGGCAAGAUGUUUGACGAAGACAGCAUCCUUGGAGAGCUCAGUGAUCCGCUCAAAGAGGAGAUAGUCAGCUAUAACUGCCGUGGGCUUGUAGCCAACAUGCCACUGUUUGCCAACACUGACCCUCAUUUUGUGACAGUGAUCCUGACCAAGCUGCGUUUCGAAGUCUUCCAACCCGGAGACUUGAUUAUACGAGAGGGGACUCUGGGUCGGAAAAUGUACUUCAUCCAGCAUGGCACUGUCACUGUCGUCCCGCGCGGCAGUAAGGAGAUUAGGCUCAGCGAUGGAGCAUAUUUUGGGGAGAUCUGCCUGUUAACCCAGGGACGACGCACAGCCACCGUGAGGGCAGACACCUACUGUCGUCUUUACUCCCUGAGUGUGGACAGUUUCAACGAGGUCCUGGAGGAACACCCUCUGAUGAGGAGGGCCUUCGAGAGUGUAGCUGUGGACCGACUGGGCCGGGUCGCUCGCAGACCCAGUUAUCAGCCUCCAACGGCAGACUAACUUCUUCUGUACCAACAGAGAGAGACUUGCGGAGGACAUCUGUCACGCAUUGACUUAACUUGACCACAUAAAAAAGACACCUUCAAUGUAAAUUUCACAGACCGCUGUUGACUUGUACUCAGUGAUGGACGACCUGAUGGAGUCCCUAAAUUUCAUUUAUUAACGUAUCAUUGUUGCACUUGGUUGAAAACAUUGUACUUUCAGUUACUUUAAUUUUGUUACUUGAAUUUACAUCAUCAUUUUGUGGUAGCUAUUUGUAUAUUUUUAAUGUUAGAUCCAGUGAAUAAUUUACAAGCUGUAUGAGCACUGAUGAGAAAAUAAUCAAUACUCUCGUCUCCUCAGCAGUUUACAUUGAUGAUACAUGUGCUUUUUAUUCAUGGCUAACUUGCUGCUUUAAAAAUCAUUUCUCAGUUGCCUGUAAGCUUUCUGAGACAGCAGUUUCAUUAUAAAUCAUAUCAGUCAUACAUGAUGUUGAGAGCACACAGGAGCACCAGCUGGGCGAUACAUCGUACGGCUUUAUAUGAAGCUCUGAUUUAAAUGACCUCUCAGGUCUGCAGGUUACAUCAAGGGAGGGUUUAAUACCAAUGUUCACUGAGGAUAAGCUGCUGUGAUGUAAAUAACUGUACAGGGACAGGUUGGACACAGUCAUAUACAUCAUUGUGUAACAUCAUGGUACUCACAUUUGCAGUUGUUUAUUUUACAUUAUUGAAGUAGUCAUCUGAAAACCCUACCUUUGCAAAUCUGCAAUUUAGUAUCUGGUAUUAUUAGGUGUGAUUUUUUUUUCCCCACACAUGAACUUAGAGUUACUCACUUUCCUUUUAAAAUGCACCUUAAUCUGUUUUCACCUCUGCAUACAGUUAAUUCUUAAACAUACUUUUUGCUUUUUAAAAUCUUCAUUUCAGAAACAUAAAGCUUAAGUUGGUAAAUCAGAAAUCAGUAAUAGUAAUUUGUGUGCUGCCAUUAUUGUGCUGACUGAUACAGUGUAUUUUUUACAGGUCAGUUUGAUGCAGAGAAAAAAGCUCUUGGUUAUGACAUUUUGUUAGAUUUAAAAUAAUACACAGCAAGAGCUAAUUAACACAUGAAUUUGUUCAAUUUCAACCACAAUCCUGAUAUUUCCUUUUCACUAUUUAAACUUUCUGAUGAAUAAUCCUCACACUGAUGAUGUCAUGUAAAUAGAAAUAUUUCUACCCUUUAAACAUAAAUAUAAAAUGUAUUUUUAUCUUUGCA